AGAUGCAAGAGAGAAAUGGAGAGAACAGAAAGAGAAUUGAAUUAACAAGGCCUCACCCUACGGCUCUUGGCCGAAGUGUUACUGUUUCUCUCCUACACAGAAUCAACCCAACACCCAGCGCCUCCAGCAACCAAACCGCCUCCGGACCGACCCCAAUUCCCCCGCGUCCUCCCUCCAGACCCUGAGGGAAAAGUGUUCCUUGAAGCAGUAGUGCCUUUCCGACUCGCCUUCUUUCCCCCGACCCUACUCCGGGCUCGGGUCCGAGUGCGAGCUAGUGGGGCGAGCGCUGGAAGCCCCACGGUGCCUGGGAGCGCAAGGCGCCGGGACCCGGGAGAGGGGCGCGGGGACACAAGGCGUGGGGAGGGCUGCUGCGCCCGCACAUGGCUGCAGCCCCCCGCGCGCACCCCGAAGCGCCGCGCCCAGCUAUCCAAAGGUCUGUCGGCUGCGCCCAGCCGCCCAGCAACCAGGCAGCCGCUGAGCGGGGAAGUGCCCGCGUCCGAGAAUCGGGAUGUCCCUCCUCCCGCUCCUCUUGCUAGUUUCCUAUUAUGUUGGAACCUUGGGAACUCACACUGAGAUCAAGAGAGUGGCAGAGGAAAAGGUCACUUUGCCCUGCCACCAUCAACUGGGGCUUCCAGAAAAAGACACGCUUGAUAUCGAAUGGCUGCUCACUGAUAAUGAAGGAAACCAAAAAGUGGUGAUCACUUACUCCAGUCGUCAUGUCUACAAUAACUUAACUGAGGAACAGAAGGGCCGAGUGGCAUUUGCUUCCAAUUUCCUGGCAGGAGAUGCUUCUCUGCAAAUCGAGCCUCUAAAACCCAGUGAUGAGGGCAGGUAUACCUGCAAGGUGAAGAAUUCAGGGCGUUAUGUGUGGAGCCACGUCAUCUUAAAAGUCUUAGUGAGACCAUCCAAGCCCAAGUGUGAGUUGGAAGGAGACCUGACAGAAGGAAGUGAUCUGACUCUGCAAUGUGAGUCAUCCUCUGGCACAAAGCCCAUUGUGUAUUACUGGCAGCGAAUCCCGGAGAAAGAGGGAGAGGAUGAACAUUUGCCUCCCAAAUCCAGGAUUGACUACAACAAUCCUGGCAGAGUUCUGUUGCAGAAUCUCACCAUGUCUUCUUCUGGGCUCUACCAGUGCACAGCAGGCAAUGAGGCUGGGAAGGAAAGCUGUGUGGUUCGAGUGACUGUACAGUAUGUACAAAGCAUCGGCAUGGUUGCAGGAGCAGUGACAGGUAUUGUGGCUGGAGCCCUGCUGAUUUUCCUCUUGGUGUGGCUGUUAAUCCGAAGGAAAGACAAAGAGAGAUAUGAGGAAGAAGAGAGACCAAAUGAAAUUCGAGAAGAUGCUGAAGCCCCCAAAGCCCGGCUUGUGAAACCUAGCUCCUCUUCCUCAGGCUCUCGGAGCUCACGCUCCGGUUCUUCUUCCACUCGCUCCACAGCAAAUAGUGCCUCACGCAGCCAGCGGACACUGUCAACUGAAGCAGCACCCCAGCCUGGGCUGGCCACCCAGGCAUACAGCCUAGUGGGGCCUGAAGUGAGAGGCUCUGAACCAAAGAAAGUUCAUCAUGCCACCCUGACCAAAGCAGAAAACACACCCAGCAUGAUCCCCAGCCAGAGCAGAGCCUUCCAAACUGUCUGAAUUACAGUGGACUUGACUCCCAUGCUUUCCUAGGAGUCAGGAUCUUAGGACUCUUCUAGUCAUUGGAGUUCAGUCACCAGCCACACAACCCACUCAAAUUAGAUAAGAGGUCAUUUAAGUACCAGUGAACAUCACAUGGAACAGAUUCAGAUGAGCACUUUACUUAUACACCACCAAAUGAGCAAAAGGAUGUAAGCUGAUCAUCUCCAAAAAGGCACCUAUUGACCUUUAGACCAGAGUUGGGGGGCAGAGGGAACUAGGAAUACAAAUCUGUCUAUUGACCAGGACCUGUGGGGAGGAGGUUGGGGAAAAGUGAAGUGAAUGCUCCUAAAACUACUCACCAGGGAUGGUUUGUAUCAAUACUUCAAUUCACUAUUGUCAAGAAGAAAUGAGGUGUUUUUCAUAAAUUUUCUAUGCAUUUCUGCAAACCUACUGGAUUAUUGUGAUUAUUCAGAUAGUCUAACAGAACCCACAGCCUUAUAUUAAACCAAUCUGUACCAUGUAUGGGACUAACUAUUCCCAAGAAACUCCAAAAAAAGGAAACAUGUCUCUUCUGUUCAACUUACUUUCAUAUGUCAUAAGUUUGGAUAUUAAUUUCAGAAGUAGUUGAAAUCGUUGUAGUGAGAGAUGGAGAAGAGUGAUUGUGUUUCUCCUACUCUUAUCUAUUGCUAUUAAUUUUCUUUACACUGAACCCCAAACUAAGAACUAAAAAAGGAGUCCAAAAUGUGUGACAAGGGCCUAUGGAAAGCUUACCAUAUUGAGGUUCAGAGGAUUGCUGACAAAUAUCAGAAAUAUAUACUGGAGCAAUUCUGAGUUUUUCCCUCAAAUCAGAUGCCUCUAAGGACUACCCUGCUGGAUAUCUCCAGAAGAUGCAAAUAUUCAUUACAGGUUAUUUAACAAUGUCCUUAGCAAGAAGUUCUCUAGAGAAAAUGAUCCAGAGAUGUUGAAUUUGACAUACUAUUAUAGUUUCUUUGGAGAAUAUGUGAAACCAGAAUUUCAAGACUGACUGGUCUACAAAGAGAGAUUAGACCAGUUUUCUCUUAAUAUGCCAGGAAGUGAUAUAAAGAAGUUUAGUAUUGCACCAAACUUGGAGCUUCCUCUAUUUCUUUCAUUUUAGAAGGAUGUGAAUCUGGGACUUUUGAUGAUUCUAGGCCUUAAAUUAUCAAAAAGAUCGGAUUGUCAACAUUUCCUUAUGGCUUUGCAAAUGUAUGUCAUAAUCAUUCCCUCAUGAGAGGCCAAAGCAGAGAGAAAUUCAGUAUUUUCUCAGUUUCAGCUUCCAUAGAAGCCUAGCUCUGGGUUGGAAGAAAAGGGAACUAACACAUAGGGAAAAUAGUGAGAAUAACUAGUGCCUGUUAACAUUUCAGUUGUCAGCAUCUUGGAAAGAAUUAGCAGAAAGGAUUCACCAGGAAAGCCAUUGAAAUAGUUGGUGCAUGGAAGAAGAAAGGUUAUCUGACAAAUAUAAAGUAGUAGCCUCCAAUAUAAUAAAAUGUCUUUUUAAUUGUUUUGACUAUUAGGAUACCUGUCUGGGACAGGUGAUCCUGAAAUAGCCAUUCAAAGAACCUAACACAAUGUCCACUGUUCACCAUUGGUAGAGCUGGAGUAGUAGGCCAGAAGAAAGAAAAAAUAAUGCUAAGUAUGGUGAUGAAAGCAUUGUCUCUAAAAUAGCAAUCAGAUGCUUCCAAAAGACAAGACCACCUGGGAUUUUGUCCAUUCUCUAGUUUCACCUUUUUUUUUUUCUUUCCUCCAGUACUAGCAAUUGACUCCAGGGACAAUCUACCAUUGACCUACAUCCCCAGCCCCUUUUAAAAAUUAUUAUUAUUUUUUUUGAGACAGGAUUUCACUGAGCUGCCCAGGCCUUGAAUUUGCAAUCCUCCUGCCUGAGCCUCCCCAAUAGUUGGGAUUACAGGUGUGCACCAUUGUACCUGGCUCCUCUGGUUUUUCAUUCAUUAUUUAAUUUCACAGUAGUGUUCUCCCAUAGUAUAAAUGCAUUUCCUUAUAAAGUUCCUAGGAGUUGAUUCUUAGGUUAAGUUUUUGUUGGUGCUAGGGAUCUAAUUUAGGGUCUCGAACAUGCUAAGUAGGAAGUCUUAACCUGAGUUUUGUCUUCCUCAAAAAAAGAUAGAAAUGAGAAACUUAAGAAGAAACAUAAAAAUGCCUGCUGUAAGUUUAAGAGAACUGGCAUAGUUGGAAUACUUCUACAUUUUUUUUUUUUUUUGUGGAGAUUGAACCCUGGGCCUUGUGCAUGCAAGGCAAGCACUCUACUAACUGAGCUAUAUCCCCAGCCCCCUUCUACUGCCUCUUAUCUCAUUGUAAGAUAUAAAAAAUCCUUUACUCUGAAUACCUCCCCCUCCCUUUUUUCUUUUCUUGAAGGGUGGUAUCCUGGCAACAUCUCUUCUGCUAUGUAAUUCUGAGAAUUCUUAUUCCUAGAGUACCUGAGCCAAACAAGUACACUGUGGAGGCUGCAGCUGUGUCAUCACUAGCAAUUUGCUCUCAUUAUUGACUACCUUUGAACCUAAAGCUUCCUGCCUGUGUCACUGAAAGCAGGAAUCAAUUCCCUUUGCAUGAAAAGGUUUAAAUCACUUAAACAAUGUUUGUUUUCAGAAGGCUAAAAUACCACUGAAUAUCCAGUUUUUUUUUUUUAAAUCUAUU